GAUCGCAGUAGCCAUCGUUGGCAGCCCUGCUGUUUGGAGCCCGGUUUUCUUUGUCCUCGAGUUCAGCUAGAAGUCGUCGCCGGUCAGGAUUUCCAAAUAUUUCAUUGGCCUCAUUGCGUGUAAUAGAAGCCACCGGAACCAAUCCAGACAUGAAUGAUCAAAGCAGAAACCAGUUGGAGAUGAUUUUGUCGAAAGUUAGGGCGGAAACCGAUACAAAUGUUGUGCUACAAAAGGUACGGACAUGCCUUUCGCAGUUUAUGAAGUUGCUGGAACAGCCUCACCCAAUCGAGAUGGGACUUUUCAGGCUCAUGAAAAUAGCUCAGGAAACGAUAGCUAACCGGCCGGAGCGAAACUGCGCAAUAGUUGUAAAAAUAAUGGGCGUUCUUUUGGACCUGAGCUAUCAAGACUGGUCAAAUUCAUCGGAGAUUACCAGACUGUUGAAGGUAGCUGCUAAGAUGAUGGCCCUAUUGAAUCCGCAAGAGUACGACGCCAUUCACCAGGUCGUACAAAGGAAUGGGACAGCCCUUGCCUAUCGCUUUAGGGAAAGCGCAAGUUUCAGCGUUCGAUAUGCGGUGAUGAGUUUGAUAUUCGAGAUUAACCCUAACAACGAGCCAAACAAAAAGCGCCGCGAAAGUUUACUCAAGAGUAUCGUCGUAGCGCUAGACAAACUCGCCAAUUUGCAGAGUAUGCUGGAAUGGAAUCAGAUCAACUUUCAAAUGAAAUGCCGGCAAUAUUUGCACCAGCUUUCGAACAAAAAGUACCAUUCUUCAGCGGUACUAUCCAUAAAGCUGAACGAUCUCACAUUGCAUCCGAUCAAAGACGGCAGCUAUUGGCUUGUGGAGUGGAACACUGACCCAAACACUGUAUGCUUUGCUGGGCGUAAAUCCACUGAUGAAAAUGCGCCGACAAUAGAAGCAGAAAUCGAGUUCCGGGAGAUAAAAUCGUUUUCCAUUAUUAAGGGCAAAGAUGCCACCAAGGUAAAGGUUUCCUUUAAAGAAAGCUUGACACUUGUGGAUUGUAGCUACAGUAGUGUUCGCGAAACGGUCAUGUUCAUCGAAUUGCUUAACGCCGAUGAGCUUGCACAGUUGAGGUGUUUCUUGGAGUUCACUCUCGGUGCUUGCGAAUCGGUCGCUGAUAUCAGCCAAGAAAAGGUUCAGAAUGAAUCUUUCGAGCGUCAGCUGACUCACGAAAAAGUGAUUGAUUACGAUGCAGUAAACUCUAUUCAGUCGGAUUCCACAUUAAAUCUCUCGCUUGAUUCGAAGGAGAACAAUAAUCUUAGUCCUGGCCCCGUACCCGCUGUGCCCUCCUCACUGAAACCAUAUGCACUGCGCCCUCGAAACGCAAAUAAUCCUGGAGAACCCAACACAAGACCGAAUCAAAAGAAAAGCCCACCAGUUGCUGAUCCGUAUGAUUUCUGCAAGCAAAUAUUGCAAGAGGACGAUAAUUGCAAAUGGAAGACGAUUAAUGCGCGCAUUCGCAAUAAGCGAACGACACAAAACACUAACAUUUCAGUUCAGACGAUGGUUAAAUCCAAAAAAGGUUCCAUCACCGGCAAACAGCGCACAACCUUUGCAACAUUCCGGCAGAAACUUUCUUCGACCCCAACAAAGGCAGUUAACCGUUUUGUGAUGGAAACGCUAGAUGCUAAUCACCCAGAAGCGACUAACCAUAAUAUGGACGGUUAUGAAACGUUGUCCUCGAUAGCAUCAGAUGAGGACAAUGGUUCGGAUGAACUAUAUUCACCAUACAAGGAUUUAACCGGUAGCAAUGCUACUCGUGGAAGAAAAAAGCGAGACACUACGGCUAAAAAAUCCGCUGAUAUAACCCGACGAUCGAGGGGCAACAGUGCUACUGCCUUGCGCACUAAGCCACCUCGCACAAGCUACAUCAGCAAAAUUUUUGCUCAAACUAGAGAAUCACGCCCGUUUAACCGGUACACCAGGUCGGUGCAGAAUGGGAACGGAAAUGAACAAGAGAAGCAACAAACAGAACAAUGCUCCUAUACCGUGCAUAAGGAGCAAUCAUUUUCCCAGCUGUCUUCCGAUUCUAGCACGAUUCUCCAUGCGCAGAUCCAGCAAAUAGCGAUAGACGUUUUUGAUACAUCUUCCACAAACAUCUCCACCAGUGAGAUACCUCCUAAACGUGGUGGUGAUCGUGUGGUACAGACGAACCCAUCCCGAGGACGUAGAGUUAGUAUCGAAGCACGUCAAAUCCACACGCAGCUAGAAGUUCACCCUUCCGCUGUGUCUACCGCAAUCUGUCGCGUGCAAAAAGGACUCCACCAACAGCAAUAUGACUGCGAGUAUGAUACCGAGCUGAACCCUCCACAAAUGGUAGCACAUCUCGCCAACAGAACGCUUAACAAGGAACGUUCGCUGGCGCAAAAGCUUAUCGAAGUGCAGAACGCAACGACUGCGUUCGUUGCUAAAUUGAAGAAAGAAGAUAACGAUUUGCACACAAAGCUUGAGCAGGAGGAAAAAGAAUGCAACGCAUUGUUGGAGAAAUAUGUACAAAAACGACGCAAUAUGUGCGAGUUGCUGAUGCAGCACAAGCGCUCACGUGUUUCGUAUGAGGAGAUCGACCAUCAAAUCUCAAAAACGGACCAGCAGGAACAAGAAAUACGCACUGCAGCACACCAAACUCUAGCAAACCUGCAACAGGAGGAAUCAGCUGUUAAACGGCAUGGCUGGGCUAUGUACAUCGAAGCAUUCCGACGGCAGAUGGAAGAAAUCCUACGCAGUGCUUGCGAUCCGUAACCACACGGUAGCCAGUUCAUUUUUACCAUUCCAUUCCAUUCUGAAUUGUAGAACGAUACACUUACCUUC